AUGAAUCCACUCAAGCUAAACACCACCUCGGUGUCUUUAGCAGUGACGCCAACAGUCGUCUCCACCCUCUUCUCACAUUACCUCAAUCGCAACCCGCUGAAGCAGAAACCAACCGCUCGCCUGUCCUACGAUGAAGGCCUGCAUCUCGUCCGAUCAUUUUUAGAGUUCGCUUCUCAUCACACCGUAGAGGAGCUACAGGCAUUCACAGCUCAAUGGGUACCGCAUCCACAAUGGAUUAAAGUCGAGGAUGCCGAGGUUCCCGAAGACCAGGUUGACAAGUCUGCAGAUCUGAUUGAGGCGCAACUAGGCCCGGCUGGUGUCCGGGAAGUCGGAGGGCGUAAGUGGUGGAAAUGGCGAAAGCCUCACAGCCCGCUCAAGGCAGAAUGGAUUGAGAUGCGAUCCGACUACCAUGAGCGGAAGAAGAAUGGCGGGAAAACGAAGCGGGUGAUGCUUUACGUCCACGGUGGUGCCUAUUUCUUCGGUAGCGUUGAUGAACACCGCUACCAGAUGCAACGCCACGCCCGCAAGUUGAAAGCAAGAGUUUUUGCGCCCCGGUAUCGACUGGCACCUCAAUUUCCUUUCCCUUGCGGCCUGCAAGACUGCCUAGCGGCCUACCUCUACCUCCUUACGAUCCAGGACCCAAGUACGAUUGUGUUGGCCGGUGAUUCUGCCGGUGGCGGAAUGGUUCUUUCGUUGAUGUGCGUCUUGAGAGACCAGAAUAUCCCCCUCCCGGCUGGUGCAAUCUUGAUCAGCCCCUGGGUUGAUCUUACUCACUCGUUCCCGAGUGUGUCUGGCGAUAACCCACUCGACUACAUCCCAUCAUCCGGCUUCCAUCAUAAACCGUCUAGGGCUUGGCCACCUCCGAACGAGGAUGAUAUGGAAAUGAUGAGAGAGCAGGCCAUCAAGUCACGUGCUGGUCAAGAGAAGAACGCUACGAAGCUAAAUACGCUUGAAAAGAAACAGGCAGCGCCAAUUUCACUAUCCUCUACCGCCGUGGAAGGUGCUGCUGUAAAUGGUCCCUCUGGCAGCAAGGCCGACUCUUCUGAGGAUGCGGACCCUCACAAAACGGCACUGCAGCUUUCGGUCACGAUCGAUGGCAAGCUAACUGUAGUCAAGGAUCAGAUUCAGAUGUACACCACCAACGCUCUUCUAUCACACCCAAUGGUCAGCCCUGUAAUGCAGCCGACCCUAGGCGGUCUCCCUCCUUUGCUGAUCAUGGUAGGAGGAGGCGAGGUUUUGCGGGACGAGCAGAUUUACCUCGCUCACAAGUGUGCGAACCCCUCCAAAUACACACCGCCCGGCCUUGACGAUGUAGGCCUGGCACAGGUAGAGCGAUAUAAGCCAACAGAUGUGCAGCUUCAAGUUUGGGACGAUCUCUGUCAUGUAGCCCCUACACUCAGCUUUACCCGGCCUGCCAAGUACAUGUAUCGAGCGGUAGCACAGUUCGGCGCCUGGGCUCUGGCCAGGGCUCAAGAGACGGAGAUUGAGAUUCUAGAUGACGACGAAAUCUCGGUGAUUUCGAGUUCCGCAUCCGAUUCUGACAAGCCUCAGCAAGGAGAGGGCUCAGGAACUACCACACCUCCGCAGCAAGUUGGGAAAGCGGGCAUGCCAUUGCCUCCAUUCAAGAAACACAUGAUUCGACAACGGGUUACCCAUCACGGUGUUGUUCACGACCUCGUUCCCGAGUCAGAUUUACCUGGCUGUACUAUCAAGCAGGAGGAAAUAGGUGUUGUUAGGCCUACGCCAGUCCGAAGAUGGCUUGACACGAAGGCGGUCUUCGACAAAAAGUUCUCCAGUGCCAAAGCAAAGGUGCACAAGAGUAUUAUCAAGGAUAUGGCGGCCGGAUAUGUCGACUUCGGUGACGGCGAACAGCCGCCACCGACAGCUCUAGCCGGACGAAGAAAGGCUCCGGACGAAUUAGUCGACCGUAAGAGGACCAAGAGCUUAGGUCUGGCUCUAUGGUCACUCUGGGGGUCGAAGCACGAUGAGAUGACCAUGGAAAGGGAGAAAAAGGCAGACUCGGAGGUGAAAAAGUCAAUGACCACGGAUGAUGAGGGUGAGGGAGCCAGGUCGUUUCAAGACAUUGAACACCAGGAUCCAGCCCCAAUCGAGAGGCGCGGCAGUAAAACACGGAUCGUCACUGAUGAACAUCAAACUUCUCAGGCUACUGAUUCCGAGGCGGCAGAUUCUCAAGUGUCUGGCUUGCAGGUCAUGGACUCUCAGGCUACGGAAGUGGAAGAGACGCCCGUCGCCGCUCUUAUCGAGAAGAGAAAGGAGCAAGAAAAGCAGAGCCAGGAAACAGCGGAUCACCUGAGCCCAGAGUACGUCACGGGAACCGGGGUGGCAGGCAAGCGCCCUUUCAUCGACGGCAUUGCCUUGCCGUUCAGUCUCGGCAAAAAAGACGCAGAGACGGCUAGCAUGAUGACGCUCAUGUCUACUGGUGAUAGUCGGCCUAUUAGCCCUAUGCCACCCAUGAGCCGGGACCACGACGCGGAAGAAAUCACCGAUAGUCAAACCACCGACGUGGCCUCUGGGCCGGAGCCGGCCUUGACAGGGGAGAGCAAGCGCCCCCAUUUGGAUAACUUCGUUACCGCUGCAGAGGACCUCCCUCUCGCAAAGGGCAAAGGCAAGGAGAUUGAAAAUGGUCCCACGGCGCAGACAGUGUGA